AUGGCCUUAAGGACUUAUGCCAUGAAAGGAGUAAACAAUGUCACUGAAUUCAUUUUCUGGGGUCUUUCUCAGAACCCAGAGGUUGAAGAGGUAUGCUUUGUGGUGUUUUCCUUCUUUUACAUAGUCAUUGUUCUGGGAAACCUCCUCAUCAUGCUGACAGUUUGCUUGGGCAAUCUUUUCAAGUCUCCCAUGUAUUUUUUCCUUAACUUUCUAUCUUUUGUGGACAUUUGCUACUCCUCAGUCAUAGCACCUAAGAUGAUUGCUGACCUAUUAGUGAAAAAAAAAACUAUCUCCUAUGUGGGGUGCAUGUUACAACUAUUUAGCGUUCAUUUCUUUGGUUGCACUGAGAUCUUCAUCCUUACCGUCAUGGCCUAUGAUCGUUAUGUAGCUAUCUGUAAACCCCUCCACUACAUGACUAUCAUGGACCGGGAGAGAUGCAAUAAGAUGUUGCUAGGAACAUGGGUGGGUGGGUUCUUACAUUCUAUUGUCCAAGUGGCUCUGGUGGUGCAGCUCCCCUUUUGUGGACCCAAUGAGAUUGAUCACUACUUCUGUGAUGUACACCCUGUUCUGAAACUUGCCUGCACAGACACUUACACUGUUGGUGUUGUUGUAACAGCCAACAGUGGUACCAUUACACUGGGAAGUUUUGUCAUCUUGUUAAUCUCAUAUACAGUUAUUCUUGUGUCUUUGAGAAAGCAGUCAUCAGAAGGCAGGCGCAAAGCGCUCUCCACCUGUGGAUCCCACAUUGCUGUGGUCAUCAUCUUUUUCGGUCCCUGUACUUUCAUGUAUAUGCGGCCUGACACUACCUUUUCAGAGGACAAGAUGGUGGCUGUAUUUUACACCAUUAUCACUCCCAUGCUGAAUCCUCUGAUAUAUACUCUAAGAAAUGCAGAAGUAAAAAAUGCAAUGAGGAAGCUGUGGACUAGAAAGGUUUCCUGGGAGACUCCUGGGAAGUAG